AUGGAAGCCAUCACGAGUUUUGGACCGACAUUUGGAUCUCAGUUCUCUCUUCGUUCCCGUACGAACUCAACUUGGGAAAGCAAACUCUCUCGCUCUCUACGGACGUCGUCUAAGCCUGGUAAGCUUGUUCGUUUGAAGGCAACUCCUCCUACACACACUUUUGUUGAUCCAGAAAGUAGUCGCACAAGUGUGCGGCCUCAUACAAACUCAGCAUACCUUUCACCUUCUCAAUGGGGAGAUCUCUUUCUCUCUCUUUCCGAUGAUGUCUCAGAAAUGAAUGCGCUAGAGAGAGAUUUUGAGACACUAAAGUCAAAAGUGAGAGAAACCUUCAUGUCUCGUUCCCAAGGAAUAGAGGAGUCCAAGACAAGAGUAGAUGAUAUGAUGAUCGGUGAAGAUGAUUUGUACAAAGUUUCCAUCAUUUUUUGGGUUUUCAGGACAUACGGUCACAACAUGUCUUCCGAUGUGUUUAAAAGAUUCCAAGGGAACAAUGGCAAGUUCAAGGAAUCCCUUGUCGGGAAUGUGAAAGGUAUGCUGAGUUUGUAUGAGGCCGCACACUUGGGGACAAGAACAGAGUCCAUAAUGGAUGAAGCAUUGAGUUUUGCCUCGAGCCACUUGAAGAAGUUAUCUGGAGGUGGGAAUCUUCCAUUUCAUAUGUCAAGGCAAAUUGAAAAUGCUCUACAUAUAUCUCAGCAUCGGAACUUAGAGCUGGUAGUUGUAGUGGAAUUUAUCCGGUUCUACGAACAAGAAGUUGAUCAUGAUGAGGUGCUACUCAAGUUUUCAAAACUCAAUUUCAAUUUCCUACAGCUCCAUUACCAACAAGAACUUGAAAUUCUUACAAAGUGGAACAAAGACAUGGACUUUGCAUCGAAUUUGCCGCCUUUCUACAGAGACAGAAUCGUGGAGAUGCAUUUCUUUAUGCCAGCGAUGUUCUUUGAGCCACAGUCCUCACGCGCGAGGAUUAUGAUCACUAAGUUCUACGCGCUAAUGACAAUUAUAGAUGAUACGUAUGAUAGAUAUGCCUCUAUUCAUGACGCUGAAAGCCUUACUGAUAGCUUGGAAAGGUUGGAUCCUGAUGAUGCAAUGGAUAAACAACCAGAUUACUGCAAAUUCAUCUUUAAAUUUAUAAUGGAGACUUUUAAAGAUUUUGAAAGUGAAUUUGGGUCUGACAGUAUGAAACCUACACUAGAAGAGUUCAAGGCACUUUUGAAAGGAAGCCUAAACCUAGCCAAAUGGGCACAAGCGAGUCAUGUGCCAAGUUUUGAGGAUUACCUGGAGAUUGCUGAGGGUGAGCAUACUGUAUGUACGUCUAUGGCAGCUAUUUUAAUGGGAAUGAAACAGAUUCCUACUCAUGAAGCUUAUGACUGGUUCAAAUCCAAACCUAAACUCGUACGAACGUUAGGUAUAAAAGCGCGUCUAAUGAAUGACAUAAUCGGCUUCAAGGAUGACAUGGAUAGAGGAUAUGUCUCUAAUGGGAUAAAUUGUUAUAUGAAUCAAUAUGGUGUCACCGAAAAGGAGGCCAUUAGAGAGCUUAGAAAAAUGAUUACAGAAGCUGAUAAGAUCCUAAACGAGGAAAUCUUGAAGAACAUCAUUGUACCACGCAGAGUAUGGAAUGUGGCUCUCGGUAUAGCACGCGCCGUGAAUUUCACUUGCAGUGCAAGUGAUGAUCAAUAUAACAAUCCCAAAGGAAAAAUAAAGGAGUAUAUCAUUUCUUUGUUCGUCAAAAAGAUCCGCCUUUGA